CUGGACAAUACGCUGCUUCCUGCCUCAUACUGAGGACAGGAGGAAGAGGAAGAGAGGCUCAUACUGGUAGUACGAGGUGGAGGGGGAGACCACAGGUGCCAUGGACAGGUAACAGAGACCCUCGGUCAGUUCCUGGGGUAGACUGUCAUCAACAGAAUGACUGAGUGCUUUCUGCCUCCCACCAGUAGCCCCAGCGAACACCGCAGGGCAGAGCAUGGCGUGGGAUUGGCUCGUACACCUAGCUCUGAAGAAAUUAGCCCGACUAAAUUCCCAGGUCUAUAUCGCACUGGAGAGCCCUCGCCUCCCCAUGACAACCUCCACGAGCCUCCUGACAUAGUCUCUGAUGAUGAGAAGGAUCAUGGCAAGAAGAAAGGAAAGUUUAAGAAGAAGGAGAAAAGAACGGAAGGUUAUGCUGCCUUUCAGGAGGACAGUUCCGGUGAUGAAGCAGAAAGCCCGUCCAAAAUGAAGAGAUCCAAGGGAAUCCACGUAUUUAAGAAACCUAGCUUUUCCAAGAAGAAAGAGAAAGACUUUAAAAUAAAGGAAAAGCCUAAAGAAGAAAAGCACAAGGAAGACAAGCACAAAGAGAAGAAAUCUAAGGAUCUGACCGCCGCCGAUGUGGUAAAACAGUGGAAGGAGAAAAAGAAAAAGAAGAAACCCACGGCAGAACCAGAGCUGCCUCCUGUAGAUGUGCCCAGGCUGCGGCCAGUGUUUGGAAUCCCACUAGCUAAAGCUGCAGAACGCACCAUGAUGUGUGAUGGGAUCCGACUACCGGGAGUGUUCCGAGAGUGCAUUGAUUUCAUAGAGCAACAUGGAAUGAAAUGUGAAGGCAUCUAUAGAGUGUCAGGAAUCAAGUCAAAGGUUGAUGAGUUGAAGGCAGCCUAUGAUCGGGAGGAGUCUCCAAAUCUUGAAGACUAUGAGCCUUAUACAAUUGCCAGCCUACUGAAGCAAUACCUGCGGGAGCUACCUGAGAAUGUGCUCACCAAAGACCUGCUGCCUCGAUUUGAAGAGGCUUGUGGCAAGAGCUCUGAAGCUGAAAGGCUGCAGGAGUGUCAGCGCCUGUUAACAGAGCUGCCAGAAUGCAACCUUUACUUGAUUUCAUGGCUGAUAGUUCACAUGGACCAUGUCAUAGAGAAAGAACUUGAAACUAAAAUGAAUAUACAGAAUAUUUCUAUUGUGCUCAGUCCAACUGUUCAGAUCAGUAACCGCGUCCUAUAUGUAUUUUUUACAAACGUUCAAGAACUCUUUGGAGGCAUAGUCAUUAGGAAAGUGAUUAAACCUCUCCGUUGGUCUAAUAUGGCCACCAUGCCUGCACUGCCUGAAACACAAGAAACCAUUAAAGAAGAAAUCAGACGACAGGAAUUUCUCUUGAAUUGCUUGCACCGAGACCUUCAGGCUGGCAUUAAGGAUCUCUCUAAAGAAGAACGGCUGUGGGAGGUACAGAGGAUCUUGACGGCUCUUAAAAGGAAGUUGCGAGAAGCUAAAAGGCAGGACUGCGAAACAAAAAUUGCUCAAGAAAUUGCCAGCCUUUCUAAGGAAGAUGUUUCCAAAGAAGAAAUGACUGAAAAUGAAGAGGAGGUCCUUAAUAUACUGCUUGCACAGGAAAAUGAGAUCUUAACAGAACAAGAAGAGCUAGUGGCAAUGGAGCAGUUCCUUCGGCGUCAGAUUGCAACAGAGAAGGAAGAAAUUGACCGCCUCCGCGCAGAAAUUUCUGAAAUUCAAAGCCGCCAGCAGCCAGGCCGGAGUGAGACAGAAGAGUAUUCAUCUGAGAGUGAGAGUGAAAGUGAGGAUGAGGAGGAGCUGCAAAUCAUUCUGGAGGAUCUUCAGAGACAGAAUGAAGAGCUGGAGAUUAAGAACAACCAUUUGAACCAGGCAAUUCAUGAAGAGAGAGAGGCCAUCAUUGAGCUGCGCGUUCAACUUAGGCUGUUACAGAUGCAGCGCAUGACGUCCGAACAGCUGCAGGAGGAAGAGGAGCCAGGGAAGGCAGUCAGCAGACCCCAGCUGCAGAGGGACACUGCCUCUGAGUCCAAACCACCUAAAGACAAGACAAAGGAGCAAGUAAGACCUUCUCCAAUUAAAGAUUGGAAAGAAACGCUUAUCUGAGAGUCAUACUAAAGACGUUACCCCUUAUUAACACUUUCAGGCCAUUGCAGCGCUAUGAAACAUGCAUCGCUUUAUGGAGGAAGAGUUUGCUCGCCUUGUGGGUUCUGGCUGUCCUGGACUCGGGAUACUGACAUAGCAGAAUAAAUACUUAUUAUUUUGUACAAGAGUAAUGGUGGAAAAAAAAAAGAGAAUGUAAUUUUCUAAAAAACAAAAAAAAAACAACAAAACAAACACAGAACAUGUAAUAAGGAAAAGUGGCAAUGAAAUGAAAAUAGUGUUUUUUUGUUUUUGUUUUUUUGUGACACUUUUACUAUCCAAAAUGUAACCAGACACAACAAAAUGCUAUUAUUUAUUCCUGAGUGUCUUUGCAUCAGAGCAGCUUUAAAUAUGUAGGUUUUUUUUUCUUCUUCAUUAUACCAGGGAUGUUGUAGCUGUGAAUACACCAGUUGGAGACUACUACGAAAAAAACUUUGAUUCUAUUGACUUUACAUGGGUCCUCUGGGGUCAGACGGGCUCUCUAGUCAUGCUGAUGUGUAGGCAGCAUUUGUGUAGGUUUGGUGUGGGUGUAUAGAACCGUUGAGAUAUGUU